AAAAGCUCCAUCAUAAUUACUUCGUGCAUCUGCGUCGUGCAUCAACAACAACGCGACAUUCCAAUCUUCCAUUUUCUCUCAGCAACGCGGGGUAAUAUUUGCCUGCGUCUAGCUGACUUCUCCCAAUGACCACUUCUUAUUUACCAUUUUAAUUCCUACACUCCUUGGUAGUACUAAGAGUUACAAGAACAUAUCCUCUGCGUCUGUAUCGUCAAAAUGGCUACCCAAGGCUACGUUCAGACUUCCCUCAUCUGGGUGGCUUAUGCCGUCGCAGUUGUCUUAGCCUUAAUUGCUGCCAGUAUCACGACAUUUACCUGGCAGGCGACUCGCGAACGAUCUGCGAUCGUAAGCAUUGUCGCCGUCGUUGGUCUUACCUCCGUCCUCGCAACCGUCCUCCUUCUCCCUGUCGACAUCGCCCUCGUUUCAUCCACAACGUCUACAGCCCUUGGUGCCAAGAAACACUGGGCCACCUCCGAGCGUAUCGACAAUAUCCUUUUUACACUUAAGGUCGUUUAUUACUGCCUCUACAGCUUUGAUGCCCUUUUGUGUCUCCUCAUCAUUCCCUUUUCGUACUUCUGGUAUGAGGAAUAUGACGAGGUUGAGGAACAGGAGGGUAAUCAGACCUUCGGCAGUCGUCUCUGGGGCGCCUUUAAGUACACCAUUGCCUUCAUACUCUUGGUAGUCAUUAUCUUCCUCGUCGGUUUCUUCGUUCCCGCUGCCGGAUCUCGCGGCGGUGGCGAUCAUCUUGAUCUCGACUUCUUCAAGCGACUCCUCGACGAGAACCACGGUGAGAAGGCACUUACGUUCGGCCUGGGUCUACUGAUUACUCUGGGCACGCUACUGUACAUUGUAUAUACUGGAGCUGGUCUCGCCCUCUUCCCCGUCUCGCUUAUUAAGUCCGCCCCCUCCGUAUCCGCCCCGCAAUUGUCCGAGAAUACCGCGUCGCAACUAGAACAGAACAGAGAGCGCCAACGACAGAUCGAAAUGCGCAAUGCGGGACGAUCGGAUGGAAUGCCGCACAAGGAUAGACGUGAGCUGGAGGCCCUGGCUCGCCAAGAGCGAACUCUCGUCCGGCGUGAACGACUCGCCGCGGAAGCGCAGGGAGAAGGCAAGAGCUUCGUCGUAAGGCUAUGGUCGAAGAUCUGCGCAGUAUUCCGACCACUUAAGCUCAUCGGAGGAAUUCUUCUUAUCGUGCUCGCCUUACUCAUCUGGGUCUCUAUGCUGAUCACGGGAAUCGACAAGGCUGCCAACUCCGUCUGCAAGGAGCAUUGCGGAUACAUUCUCGCACACAUCAACGUCUUUCAGCCUAUCAACUGGAUCUUUGUGCAAACUGCUAAGGCCUUCCCCGUGGACUACAUCCUCAUGGCCCUACUGAUCAUGCUAUUUUUCAGUAGCACCAUCUCCGGCGUUGCCGCCAUCGGUAUCCGCUUCCUCUGGUUGCGUAUCUUCCAGAUCCGUAAGGGCCGAACAAUGCCUCAGGCCUUGCUCAUCGCUACUGUCCUGCUGGCACUCAUGAUGCUUGCGAUCAACUAUGCGGUGGCCAUGAUGGUAGCGCCGCAGUACGCGAGCUAUGGCACCCAAACGUUCUGUGACCUGCCGCCACGCUUCCCGUUCUCGAACCCCGACUGCAGAGAGACUCCCGAGGCUGUCAAGCCCUGCUCCGAAUGGACGGAGGCGCGAUCGCACGAUGGCAAGUAUCUACGACAGGUUUGCACGCCAACGGUCAUGUCGACGUUCCUGAAUCGUGUGACGCUCAACUGGCCCGUGUUCGGCGCCGUGGCCUUCUGGGCGCAGUUCGCGUUUCUGGGCGUCUUCCUCAUAGUAUUCCUUCUCAGCUUGUUCCGCGCCCCGCGAAUGAAUCUCAGCGAGAUAGACGAAGAGGCUGAGGCGGACGAAGAAGAGGGGCUGCUGGCGAGCACGGGACGUCGCUUCGGCGCUACGUGGCAGGAUAUCACGGGCCGUGCGAAGAACACUUCCUACGGGAGCGGGAGUGGAAAUGGUGCCGGGUCUAGCUCGUAAAUUUGUUGCCCGUUUGUUUUAAUACCAAGGCCGUUGAGGUAUUAUGCUAUACGGUACUACGGUAUGAAACAAAAUCACCCACGCACGAAGGAAGGCAAAUUUGGCACAGAAUGAAUGGGUUUCAGCUGGCGAGUCUCUACUAGGUCACAUGGAUGCGAAAAAGGGGACAGGCAAUUGCGCCGGGGACACAUAUACGGAGUAUAGGUUUACGGAGAGCAAUAUGGACGGCGUCGUGUCUGAUUGAUUACUGAAAUUGUACUACUGGUUUGCAACGAGGUUACGGAUAGGUACCUAGGCUAGGGUAAAAUAGGACAUGAUAUGGAUAUACGGUAUUCCGAUAUAUUGUGACC